AUGUCACUUCUCGCACCACUACGGCCACGUGGCUGGCGACGUCCCGGCUAUGGCUCUCCUCUUCUCUAUAUCGGCCUCCUCCUCGCACUAUUCCUGGCUGUCUCUCCAACCACCGCUGCCGCCAUGGGACCGGCGCAUGAAACCGUGUUCAUCUCGGGGGUUGACUCCAAAGGCGUCACUCGACAACUAGCUGUCGAUCGUACACCUUCGCUCUAUACUAGCAGCUUCGGCGACUGCCUCGGCGGUCAGAGCUUGUUCAACAUUACCAAGUUUGAUGCUGCGUAUUAUGCCGACAACAUGACGGUGCUCUUUCAUCUGGAUGGAACCAGCAGCGUCCGCAACGAAUCUCUGAUGUUGGUUAUCACGUUGAUGGCCUCGGGCGUCCCCAUCAUGGGCUAUGCGGUGUUCCCUCUCACGGAAGAACAGACUGCUUCGAUCCCGGAGAUUGCCAUGGGCAUUCCCGACUUUGACAGUUAUGUCAGUCUUCAGAUCUUUGCAAACUCGACCCAGUCUCUGAUCGGUUGUUUCCAAGCUGCCAUGACGAACGGCAAUACCGUGAGCCUUCCGACCAUCAUUGCGCCCAUCGUCGGGGUUAUUGUCGCGGUGGCCAUUGUUUCCUCUUUUAUGACCGCGGCCUACGACGUUUCCGUGCCCUUGAUGCGCGCCCACUACGCCCAUUCGCUGUCUGUCCUCCUUCUAGUUGAAACGCUACAGUCUAUCUUCUUGACCGGUGCGCUUUCGCUGCAUUGGCCGAGCAUCCUGGUGGCCUGGUGGAGCAACUUUGCCUGGACAGUCGGCCUGGUCAACGUGACACCUCUCAUCGACAAGAUCAGUGCUUUUGCAGGUGUCACAGGCAAUUCUAGCCAGGUUGGCGGGGCUGGGUCGACUUUUAUCAACAACGGUGGCGGGAGGCUCGCUGGAAAGGUCUACAAGCGCGACAUCAUUCCAGCCCUCACUUACAACACGACCUCGGCCCUCUCACGCCGGAAAUACUUCAACGCCAGCGACCCUUACGAUUACGCCUGGGGAGGUGAUCCCGUCCGUCCUGGUGUUCCACUACCAGGCAUGUGGCAGAGCUUCGCUGGCACGCUGUCUCAGUUGGGAAUACCGGGAGCAUCGGCCUUCACGCUCAGUCUCUUCUGGCUGGUGAUGGCCUCGCUGGCGUUCCCAGCCCUGCUCUUGGGUGUGAAGAGUCUGCUGGAGGUCCUGGCGAAGCUGCACUGCAUUCGACAAGAUUCGAUGGCGUACUUUCGCACCCAUUACACUCGUUAUGCCGUGCAGAUCGGACUGCGAACACUGCUGCUGACCUUCUUUCCCAUCAUGGUGAUGGCUGUGUUUCAGUUCACCCUCAGCAGCUCGCCAAAGCCGACAGCACUGGCGGCGGUGGUGUUUGUAGUGUACAUUGUGGCAGUAUCGUACCUGGUUCUCCGCAUUGUCCUGGACCGACUUCGAAGCGACCAGAUGAAAGCAGCAGAUAACUACGAUGGUCCCACCAUGGGUGCUGGGCUCUUUGCCAGGUUCACGACUACAAAAACUAAGGGCAACGAAGUCGUUAACCCCCAACAGCAGCAGGAGCAGAGCGGCCCAUUCACCACGGGCAAAGCAAACACGGAAGACCCGAUACGUGUGGGUGUGCACCAGGACGAAAACUUUGUCAAGCAGUACGGCUGGUUGGUGGCACGGUUCCGCACAAGCUGCUGGUGGUUCCCGGCCGUAUAUCUGUUCCUGCAGCUGAUCCGUGCCUGCAUACUAGGCGGAGGCGGCGCGGACAACAACGCAACAAACAUUGACAACGUCAACGUCGGCUCGAGCGGGCCACCGACAGCCCAGGUGGUGGCACUGUGCUUACUGGAUAUCUUGAUGCUGGCGCUCUAUGCAUAUUGGCGUCCAUUCGAGGGCCACCGCAACAUGGCACUUGGCGUGUGGCUGCUGUGCUCGGCACGAGCCCUGGUGACAGUACUGUGCUUUCUUCUGCUGCCGCAGGUGAAGAUCAGCCGGAUCGGCGCGACGGCGGUCGGCUUCGUGAUCCUAGUGGUCCAGGUGCUGCAGCUUCUGGCUGUUCUGGCGCUGGUGGUCACAGGCGUCAUCACGUCCUGGCUGUCGCUCAGCCGCAACGGGGACGACUUCGACUCGGAGGUGUUUGCAGGUGUGCGCCAGCGGUACCUCGAGACCCUGCUGGCCAGUGCAACAGGAGCGCCGCGUCCGCCGCGACCGGAGACAGGACAGCGACAUCGCAAUGCCGAGCGCAAGGCCCGUCGAGAGGCCGAUCACCGCGCGGCAUCCAUGCCGCCGUCCUUUAGCGUCAUCGAGGUGCGGCGAGCACCCAAGAUCGAGGACCUGGACUUUGGCAGACCCGAAGACGGCGCAGAAGGUGACCCCAAGAAGGGCAAGAAACGUGGCCAAGAUGUUCAUCACGCUCCUAUGAUGACCAUGGCCGAUGGACAGGCCGAUGGCGACGAGCAAGGGGACACGCUGGGCGACCUGGGCGAUAUGGCGAUACAGAAGGCCAAGCGGCGACGAGCGAACAGCGGCGGUCUUGGCGGCUUUGGCAGCAGUGGUGGCAACAAUUCCGGCGCUGCUGGGCCGCAGAUCUUUGACCCGUCUCGGGUGAUUGCGAGGCACAACCGCAGCCGGACGAAUAGCAUGAAUUCGCUGCACUCUGUGCACUCGACGUCCAGCAGCCUGCACCGGGCCACCCCGGGUGUCCUGGCUGGCAGCAGCAGCAACAGUAGCGGCGCUGCAGAUACGUCAGGCCCGUCCAGAAGGCCGGUAUCUGCAGCAUUGUUGUUUUCGGAUGCGGAUGUGCCGUCAAGCGGGCGCAUGAUGCCGACCACUGCUGGUCCCAUCGCCGAUCCUGCCAGUGGCACCCCUUCUCUGCUCGAUCUCACCAUCGACAACAUCACUCCAAACACAAUCCGCAUCAAUGACCAGACGCCCGAUGCCCGCCUUCGCUACCUCAUGGACCGUCUUGUCAGCCACCUGCAUGACUUUUCUCGUGAGACCCGCCUGAGCACGGACGAAUGGAUGGCGGCCAUCUCCUUUCUCGUCGCUACCGGCCAGAUCUGCAGCGACGUGCGCAACGAAUUUAUUCUUCUCUCCGAUAUUCUCGGCCUCUCUCUCCUCGUUGAUAGCAUCAACCACCCCAAGCCGGCUGGCUGCACAGAGGGAUCUGUCCUCGGACCGUUUCACACGCAUGAUGCUCCCACGCUGGCGAAUGGCGCCUCUAUGACAUCCGAUCCCGAGGGCGAGCCUCUGCUGGCACUCUGCCGCAUCGUCGACCCUCACGGCAGCCCCGUGCCCGGCGUCAAGGUCGACAUCUGGGAGACGGACAGCACCGGCCACUACGACGUCCAGCAUGCCGACCGUAACGAGCCGUCGGAGCGCUGCGUCAUGGUCACCGGCCCCGACGGUCGCUUCUCGUUCAAGGGAAUCAAACCUGUGCCCUACCCGAUUCCCCAUGAUGGACCGGUCGGCAAGCUGCUCCAGCGCCUCGGCCGACACUGCUGGCGGCCGGCCCAUGUCCACUUCAUGUUUGAGAAGAAGGGCUGGGAUCAUCUGAUCACCGCACUUUAUCUUCGCGGCGACCCGUACGAGACGUCGGAUGCCGUCUUCGGCGUCAAGAAGAGCCUGAUUAUCGAUCUUGACCGGGUCGAUGCAGCCACGGCCGCCGAACACGGAGUCGCUGAAGGCUCCUGGCUGCUGAAACAAGAGUUUGUGCUCGUCACAGAGGAUGAGACGGAGAACCUGCGCGACCAAAACGCUGUCGAGUCGCUCAAGAAGCUCGGCCUACACAUGAAGCUGGUGGACCACUUGCCUGUGCCUGACUUGGAUUGA